AUGGCUCCACAAACUACCGACUGGGCAGUCGAGAUGGCCAAAGGUCGGAUGGCUACAACUAAAGACGAAUACGAAGAGAUGCACAACCAGAUGUCACGCAUGGGUUUGAAGGGUGCUUAUAAUCCAGCAAAUGUGUAUCCUGGAUCUCGUUUCACUCCAAGCUCAAAGCCUACACCAGAAGAAUUACAUGCUGAUACAUUGGAGAAGCGUUGGAUGAAAAAGUCGAGAAAGAAACAGAAGGAAAUGCUCUUGGAAGCUUGGCCCAACAUGUCUACUACACAUCGUUCUGAUUACGAGGCAUUUAGACAGGAGUGUACCGGAGGCAUACUCAUCGGACUCUCGAAGCUUCCUGUGACCUCAGUAGCAAAUCUCUGGUUAUUUUCAUCACUAGCCGAGGACACAACCCUCCAAGCGCAUUUGCUCGCGCGCACCUUAACGCAACACACCACGGAAACUGUUGCGCAUUUUAUUCCUGAGCCAGCUUUCCUUCCCUUUGAUGCACUGUUCUUGGAUGGUGAUAAAACCAGCCCUGCUGACGGUUUGAAAGCAUUUGAACUUCAAGAAAAAAUAUAUCCUUUCCUCAUCAGAUGUUGUGAGCUUAUUCUUCACGACUUCACCAAAUCGAGUGCUUUGCUUGAUGCAAAUAUUCCAACAGGUAUUGCGCCUGAUCCUGUAGUUGCCCCGGAGCCUACUACAGCCGCAGUUACCGAGAUACUUCCAUCUCUGGUCACCAUUUCAGCAGAAGCACCGUAUCGUUUACCAGCGAACAUCGAUUUUGAGCGGCUCCGUGAAAUCUUUGCAGCAAGACUCUCAGCAGCAGAAGACUAUCUCUUUGAUUUGAGGGAAGAUCCUGGAUUUUUCGCUGACACCAUUAACGAUUGGAGCGAGCAUCGGAAUGAUGCAUUCUACGAAACCUGGUUUCUCCUUCAUCGACAAGCUGCUCUAUUAUGCACAUUGAUGGAAAAAUACAAGGAUGAAAUUUCGUAUAACAAGCAACUUCCCAAGGAAUACCUCAUUGCCAUUUUGAAGCUUAGGAAACUUCUGAAGACAAGUGCCGAAGUACCGAUCGACUAUCUCCAAAAUAUCCAGUCCUCACCACCUCUCCGACAUCAUUUUACACGUACUCCACAAGAUCCUGGUACAACCAGCAUGCAUAUAAUGCCAAAAGAUGAGAGAAGUCCAUUUUUCAACAAACAAUGGGGUCUUAUAUUGAUUUUGUGGGACCGGAAAAAACGAGAUCUAUUUGGAUUGACAAAUGCCAUCGAUGCAUUCGAACAACUGAUGCAGGAUCCAGAAGAAAGCAAGAACAUAUCUUCAUAUAUUGCCGAUCGAUUCUCAGAUCUAGCAAUAUUAUCUCGAGCUCUUUAUGAAGUCGAGAAUUAUCAGCCUUGGGCUGCGACUUUUGACGACGAGUACAAUGGAAGAAAAUUCCUCCACUUUUCCUGGCCCCUGUCACAUUCCAAACUGCAGUUCAAAUGUCACAAGCUCAUUAUUGAUUUGCAGAACAACCACCAGAGAGAAGUGCUCAGAAUCACAAUGACAGGUUUUCUUUUCAAUAAUGAUUAUAUCGAGUAUAUGAACUCCGUUUUGAGAGGUAUCGUACCAUACUGCAUGCCGGGUGAUGGCAAAUUCAAAUAUCCUGUCAAUAAGAAGUGUACAAAACAAAGCACGGAACAGAUGAUCUUGGCUGAGAAAAACCUCGACUUUUUCUGGGAGAAGUUUGAUGCUAACUGGAAAAAACUGACGAGGAAGAACAUCGAUGCGUGCUUUGGAGGGAAUCCACCAAGAAAGAGAGAAGAGAUUCAAAGAACUUCAUCAUGGGUUGAGCCCUUACCGAUUAAAGCUACAACAAAAUCUCAACAAGCCUCAAGCACCCACGAAUGGGCACAUGAUGACGAAAAGAACAGACCGCUCACGCAACUUGAAACUCAACCUGAGGCUCAACCUGGGAACCCCGAACCACAGUUCAAUGUCGAACAAUCUAAAGUCAAGAUCCCUCAUCAUAUUAUACGAGUGUUCAAUACAUUAUUCUUUCAACCUGAUCAGAACAAUACACCAGGCGACGUCCCUUGGGUAGAAUUCCUAAAGGCAAUGGUAGAAAUGGGCUUUGCUGUGCACAACUUGUAUGGGAGUGUUUGGCAAUUCACACCUGUUUCUAAGGAGGCAGCGGUUAAAACCAGAGCAGAAAAAAGCAUUCAGUUUCAUGAGCCGCCUCCGGGUGUCAAGAUUAAUUUUGUCGUUGCUCGAAGAAUGGGAAGAAGGUUGAUGAGAAGAUUUGGAUGGUGGGGUGGUAUGUUUGAGGAGGAAUAG